GAUUCGUUUAAAAAACUUCAAACGUCUUCUUUUCGCUACCAGGAACAAGGUGGUUGUGAAUUAGGAGUAAAUAUAUAUAUAGAGAGAUUCAUAUCAUUCUAGAAUUUCACAUAGUUUGACAGGAAGAUUUAGUUUCAAUACUUUACUAAUGAAUCGUUGGUAGCAUGUCGGAAAAGGAUAUUCGUGACACGUUUGAUCGUUUGGAUCAAAAUAAAUCUGGAGGCAUAACACCGAAUGAUGUUAUUAAAGGCCUAUAUCUACUGCGAUACCAUCCGACAGAUGAUGAAGAGGAAGAUAUAAAACAAAAUCUCAGUAUGACAGAAGAUGGACUUGUGACAUAUGAAGAGUUUGAAAGUGUUAUUUCUUCUUGGAUAAAGGGAGUAUCUUAUGAAAGCCAAUUGUUUAUGGAAGCAUUUAGUAAAGUGGACAAAGAUAAUAGUGGAUAUAUAGAUAAAGAUGAACUAAGAACAUGGUUAAAAAGAAAAGACAAAGAAUGGACUGCAAAAGAUGAAGAGGACUUAUGCGAUCUUUUCAACGAUGCUGAUGUAAACCACAAUGGAAAAGUAGAAUACAACGAAUUUGUUAAAGCCUUUUGUGGAGAAGAACUUUGACAAGAGAGAACACCCGAGUACGAAGACCACGCACUAUAAUUGAAAAUUCGUCACAACUCGACUAAUUCCGUACCUUCUAACGGAUAGAAAUAGGAGUAGCGGAUUGCCGAUUGUAUAUUUGAAUUCAUUCGACUAUUCUCUAUAUCAUCAUCGUUCACAACUAUAUUGUCAAUUAAUGUGUAACAGUUUUCUUGCUUUUAUUGACACUGGUCACUUGAUUGCUCUAUAAAAUGUAUAUAUGUACAUAAAUAAAAGUAUAUCAUGUUUA